AUUAGUGCUAGUUGUAGUCAUGUCGGAGCUCUUGAGACGGUGGCUUGGAUUCAAUCCGUAGUAGUUCUCAUUGAACAUAGCUGAUGUUGGAGCUUUGGUUUGCUACAAUUGGGCUACGAGACUCACUCUUCUGAUCAUUGGAUUCCUGUCACAGGGACACGUGAUGGUCCGUCCGAUGAAAUCCUCCUGCUUUUGAGAAUUCUGUGUAUUCUUCUUCUGUAAGAAGCGCAUGGUUAUUGCAAUCUCCAGCUUCAAAUCUUCUUCGAUCAACUCUACUCGUGGAACAUCUUCGUCAGUGAAGAUCAAGCCCAGAAGUCAUUCACCGUCUGCUUCGAUGUUUAUGCAGGUUGACAUUUCUUGUUCCUUGCUAAUUUGAGACGCGCAUCCGUGACAACCUGAAAGCAAUUCCUUGAUCUAACACAAAUCCCCAACUCACAUCGCCUGUCCUACUGCCACGACUUGAAGCUUUCCGAGUGACAGGUAGCCCUUCCCCCUUCUCUCUCUCCGAUUCACAUGCCAAAAAGCUACAUGGAACUGUGAACAGUGGCAGCCACGGCUGGUAGCAGAAAGCGGUCAAAGAAAUCAAGUGUCAGGAUCUCACCAGUCGGGGCCCACUUCCCAGUGCCACGCUGGCGAGCACUAAAUGCACCCCCCUUAUUUUAUGCGCCCGCUCUCCUCUGCUUCGCAAUGUUGAUGAUGACUUCCGUCCACCGUGGAAAAGGUCGAGGACGCCGCGGGUAUAUAGAAAUCUUACCUCCCUCGAUUAAUUCGGUGGAUUGGAGGGGCGUUUGGGGUCCGCGAGGCGCGCAGCGCCUUUUUGGCGGGUAAUAUAUAUAUCGCAAAUAAAAGCGAGCUUCACAGAGCAAAGCCCACAGAGCUCGGUGAGGAUGCCGUACGGCCUUUCUAGGGUUAAGGUUAGGCGUCCUCUUCCCCGUGUGGAUUAGGGUUCGUUCGCUGUUGUUGUUCCUCCUCUUCUUCCCUUCUUUUGUUUUUUUUUUGAUCCGAUUUCUAGGGUUCUUCUUUCUUUUGUGUUUGUUGGUGUUUUUGGUUCUUCGGGAGGAAGGGGGAUCUUCGCGGGCCCGCGCCAUUGAUUGCCGGACUUGAACGCUGGAAGCUUUACUGAGUUCUUGUCCCCCUUCGUUGCGGUGGAGUUGUUAGCGCUCUUAAUGCGCCCCGCAUUCCUUGUCGCAGCUGCUGUAACGAAAGGAGAGAGAAUAGAUCCCUACUCUGAUCGCAAAUGCUGGGUCUUUGGCAUGCUAGAUUUGGGUAAAACAGCACGACUUAGGGUUUCAGAGGCUCUUAUUUGGUUCUCCUUCUAUCGUUCGAGUUGUAGUAGCAACAGCUUUGUCGCUGGAUUUGGUGUCGGAAGAGAAAUGGAGCUCCUUAGAAGAAUCUUUGUGCUGCUUCUUCUUGCAAUCCCUUGCGCAGCGCAACUCCCCUCGCCGGAUAUCCUGGCUCUCCUUGCAUUCAAGAAGGGGAUCACUCAUGACCCCACCGGCUACGUCUCGGGUUCUUGGAACGAGGAGUCCAUCGACCUCAACGGCUGCCCUUCAUCGUGGAACGGUGUCGUCUGCAACGGUGGGAACGUCGCUGGCGUCGUCCUCGAUAACCAUGGCAUUUCCGGCCGCGCCGAUCUCUCUGUCUUUGCUAAUCUGACGAUGCUCUUAAUGCUCUCCAUGGCAAACAAUAACCUUUCUGGGAGCUUGCCGGAUAAUCUAGCUGAGCUCAGCAGCCUGGAGUGUCUCGACAUUUCCAACAACGCCUUCUCCGGCGAGCUACCUUCGGGUAUCGGAAAGCUUCGCAGCUUGAAGAACUUGACCUUGGCCGGGAACAACUUCACAGGGCCGGUGCCCGAAUCCAUCGGAGGACUGGCAUCGAUCAAAUCUCUUGAUGUGAGUCGUAACUUUCUCUCGGGUCUUUUGCCGGCUUCACUAACAGGUCUCAGGAACUUGGUGUCAUUAAACCUCUCCCAUAAUGCUUUUAGCAAAAGCAUCCCAACUGGGAUGGAGCUGAUUCCCACUCUGGAGUCCGUCGAUCUGAGCCAGAACCAGCUCGAUGGUGGUGUCGAUUGGAACUUUCUUAUGCAGUCAUCGAGUGUCAUUCAUGUCGAUCUCAGUGUGAAUUUGCUGAUUUCAAGUCCAAAGGAACUGAAGUCUUUGUCAGAUAUCUCUGAAACUAUUAGGUAUUUGAACCUCAGCAACAAUCGACUUACUGGUCCGCUGAUUGGAGUUGGAAUUUCUACUUUUGGGAGCUUGAAAGUCUUGGAUCUAAGCUACAAUCAGCUGUAUGGUGAGCUUCCAGGGUUUAAUUAUGUCUAUGACCUCGAGGUUCUAAAGCUAGGAAACAAUAAGUUCACUGGUUUACUACCAAGUGGACUUCUCAAAGGAGAUUCUCUGGUUUUAAGUGAACUGGAUUUGAGCGCAAACAAUCUAACAGGACAUAUUAACAUGAUCACGUCAACAACUUUGCGGAUCCUUAAUCUUUCCUCUAAUGCUAUUUCUGGUGAGCUUCCUGUGGUCCAAGGAAGCUGUGCGGUGCUUGAUUUAUCAAAUAAUCAGUUUGCUGGGAAUUUGUCUGUAAUUGCAAAGUGGGGAAACGACCUUCAAUACAUAGACCUUAGCCAGAAUCGGUUGACGGGGGCUAUUCCUGAUGUAACUUCCCAGUUUUUGCUACUCGGUUACAUGAACCUCUCCCAUAAUGCUCUGGUAGAUGUUAUCCCCCAAGUUUUUGUUCAGUAUCCCAAGCUGACCAUCCUUGAUCUCAGUUUCAAUCAGCUCAGUGGUCCUAUUCUAAAUGACCUACUAACCUCUUCCACACUGCAAGAGCUUCAUAUCGAAAACAAUAUGCUUUUUGGUAACAUCGUGUUCUCGCCAUCUUUUUCCAACAAGUCCAACCUCCAUGUGCUUGAUAUAUCUGGAAACCUCUUUAAUGGUAGUUUUCCUGAAAGUCUCGGGUCUUUGACUGGCCUCCAAGCCCUGGACAUUUCUGCAAAUAACUUUUCUGGAACACUACCUUCUGCUGUUACAGAACUUGUUGCCCUCACAUCCCUUGAUAUUUCACUUAACCACUUCUCUGGACCCUUGCCAUCAUCCCUGCCCGACACACUUGUAUACUUCAACGCUUCGUACAACGAUCUAUCUGGAUCCGUUCCGGAGAACCUUAGGAAGUUCCCAGAUUCUUCUUUCCAUCCAGGAAAUUCCAGAUUAGAGUUUCCAGGUGGUACACCUGGAUCUGCUAAUUCUCCGUCUGAAAGUCCUGGUCACAGAAGGAUGAGAGCUUUUGUCAUUGCUGCAAUUGUUGCUGCUUGUGUUGCUGUCCUUGUUAUUUUGGUUCUCUUAGCCAUCAUUUUGCAUUAUAAGAGAGCUUCCAGGGGAUCUGGAUCUGACAAGGUUUCGGACAAGAAUUACCAAAAGAGGAGUUUGCCGGAAACUGCAGGAGGCAAGAGUAGAGAAUCUGGUGGCUCGCUGGUGAUCUCAGCUGAUGAUCUUAUGGCUCCCCGAAAAGGUUCUUCGUCAGAGAUACUUGAUCCAGAAGAGAAGAUGGCUGCAGUUGCUGGGUUUUCACCAUCCAAGAAAAGUCGCUUUUCAUGGUCACCAGAUUCUGGUGAUAUAUAUGCACAGGAAAAUCUCGGGAGGUUGGAUGUCAGAUCACCUGAUAGGCUAGCCGGUGAUUUACAUUUCUUGGAUGAAACAAUCACGCUGACUCCGGAGGAGCUAUCCCGGGCACCAGCAGAAGUGUUGGGAAGGAGCAGUCAUGGGACAUCUUACAGGGCUACAUUAGAUAAUGGGGUAUUCUUGACAGUGAAAUGGCUUAGAGAAGGAGUGGCCAAACAGAAGAAAGAAUUUUCUAAAGAGGCAAAGAAAUUUGCAAACAUCAGGCAUCCUAACGUGGUGGGUUUGCGUGGAUACUACUGGGGGCCUACGCAGCAUGAGAAACUUCUCUUGUCGGAUUAUGUUUCGCCUGGAAGCCUUGCAAGUUUUCUUUACGAUCGACCCGGGAGGAAAGGCCCACUGAUAACCUGGGCUCAGCGGCUCAAGAUUUCUGUUGACGUUGCACGAGGCCUCAACUAUCUCCAUUUCGACCGUGCCACUCCUCAUGGCAACCUUAAAGCAACUAACAUCCUACUUGAUGGUCUCGACCUCAAUGCACGUGUUUCUGAUUACUGCCUUCACCGCCUGAUGACUCAAUCAGGAACAGUUGAGCAGAUCCUCGAUGCAGGUGUUCUGGGGUACCGUGCACCGGAGUUGGCAGCAUCCAAGAAGCCCUCCCCGUCCUUCAAGUCAGACGUGUAUGCCUUUGGGGUGGUUUUGUUGGAGCUACUGACCGGCAGAUGCGCAGGGGAUGUUGUCUCCGGAGAGGAAGGGGGUGUUGACCUUACAGAUUGGGUCAGGUUGAGGGUGGCAGAGGGGCGAGGAUCGGACUGCUUCGAUCCCAUGAUGGCUGCUGAUGCAGCCAAUCUGGUUGCAUCAAAAGGUAUGAAAGAGGUGCUAGGAAUAGCUUUGAGAUGCAUUCGUCCUCUCUCGGAGCGGCCAGGUAUUAAGUCCGUGUACGAGGAUCUGUCAUCGAUAUGAGCUUUCGGCCGAGCAAUCUGUGUAGAACUUUGUUUACGUUUUAGCAAAAUUCCAAGAGCUGGCUUUACCUCGAUGCUUGCCAACUUGGAUUUGCUACAGCUUUGCUCGGUAUCAAUGAAUCUGUGUAGCCAUUUUGUGUUCCAGAAAGAAGCUGCAGUGCAUGCUGGUCAGGAGCUUAAGAUCAUUCUUGAAAUUUUGCUGUUGUGAUCCUUUAGCCCGCCGUCGAUGAUAUGUACCAGUCUCUCGUGUUGUUUCUGAGCUGCAUGCAGGCAGGUUGGAUGUUAGCUACUACAAUGCUGAGUAUCCUUUUUGAUGAGCUUUUGUACGGUAGGUAGGGCAUGGAGAGAUACUCGGAAGUGGUGGAUAUUAGCUACUACAUUGCUGAGUAUCCUUUUAAUGAGCUCUGUUUUGAUGCCUAAAGUUCAUGGUAGGGCAUGGAGACAUACUCGGAAGUGGCAUGAACAAGAACCGGACGUACGUCGCUGCAAGUAAAAUCUUGACAUCAGACUCUUCGUGCAAGUGUUGGUGAUGUUCUAAUCAAGUUUACAGAUAUUAUGUU